AUGUUUCUUCAGUUCUACCCGAAAGAAACCCGCUUGAUUGCUCCAGCGAAUGUACGACGAGUCGGCUGCAACCGAGCCGAGGAUGCCAAGAAAGAGUGCACUGUGAUGGUAGCAUGCGAGAUGUUCCAAUCUCAGAUCCUUGUCCCUAUGAUUAUCAUGACUGGCCAGCCUGACGGACGCUUUCAAGACGAUUCUAUUCUUGGGAUGGACCUAGCAAAGUCAUGUUCCAUCCAAAACAUUGGAUGGACAAAGACGGGUGCUGCACUUACUUGGAAUAUUUGGCGUCGUGCUAUCCAGGCGAGAAGGUUGGAUUUUACCGUCCUGCAAUUAUGCAACACUACAAGUCUUACUGGCACACCAUCAUUUGAUGAUUUCCCUUUCAGGAUUCUGGGUGCCUUUUUGAGGAAUUCGGAGGACGAGAGCACUUACACCAAUUGA